AUGGAGGGUGGUCUUCCGUACAUGAGUAUCUUUCUUGUGCUUGCAAUUGCCCUUAUCUCAUUCUUUUUGUUCAAAGAGAGAAUGAAAAGUAGUCCACAAACACCAAAACUUCCACCAGGUUCUAUGGGUUGGCCUUACUUGGGAGAAACUCUGCAACUCUUUUCCCAGAACCCCCAUGCUUUCUUUCACACCAGGCAUAAAAAAUUUGGAGAGAUAUUCAAGACUCACAUACUUGGGUGCCCGAGUAUUAUGUUGGCAUGUCCUGAGGCUGCCCGGUUUGUGUUGGUGACAGACGCUCAUUUGUUCAAGCCAAGCUAUCCCAAAAGCAAGGAAGAAUUGAUCGGCCGGUGGGCGGUUUUUUUCCACCAAGGUGGGUAUCAUACUCGAAUGAGAAAGCUAGUUCAAAGCUCUCUCUCCUUGGACGUUAUCCGUAACUUGCUACCUGCUAUUGAGGCCAUUGCUAUCUCCAUCUUGGACUCAUGGUGUGUCCACGACCGAGUUAUCAACACCUUCCAUGAAAUCAAGAAGUUCACAUUUGACGUUGCUGUGUUGUCCAUAUUUGGUGAAUUGGACUGUAAAUAUGGAGAACAGUUAAAGAAGAACUACUUCACCCUGGACAAAGGUUACAAUUGUUUUCCAAUAAACCUUCCCGGGACUUUAUAUCGUAGAGCAUUCAUGGCGAGAAGGCGGCUCAGUCAGAUACUCAGUGAUAUAAUUAGUGACAGAAGGGAGAAGAGAAUUCUGAAUAAGAAUCUUUUAAGUUCUCUAUUGAACUUCAAAGAUGAAAAUGGAGAAACCUUGAACAACGAUCAAAUUGCUGAUAACAUUAUUGGUGUGCUAUUUGCGGCUCAGGACACUACAGCUAGUGUUCUAACUUGGGUUCUCAAGUACAUUCAUGAUGAUCCAAAACUUCUAGAGGCUAUCAAAAUGGAACAGAAGGCAGUAUAUGAAUCAAAUGAUGGAGGAAGCCGACCGUUAACAUGGGCUCAAACUAGAAAUAUGCCACUCACUCAAAGGGUUGUAAUGGAGAGCUUGAGGAUGUCAAGCAUCAUUUCUUUCACAUAUAGGGAGGCUGUUGAAGAUGUUGAAUACAAUGGGAUCUUAAUUCCGAAAGGUUGGAAAGUUUUGCCUUUAUUUCGAAUCAUUCAUCACAAUCCGGAUUUCUUCACUGAUCCAGAGAAAUUUGAUCCUUCAAGAUUCGAGGUCGGACAAAAACCCAAUACAUUCAUACCAUUUGGAAACGGAUCACAUGCUUGUCCUGGGAAUGAAGUUGCCAAGCUCGAGAUGCUUAUUUUGAUCCACCAUCUUGUCAACAAAUACAGGUGGGAAGUGGUUGGGGACAAUGGUGGGGUGCAGUAUGACCCAUUCCCUGUGCCAAAGAAAGGGCUUAGUGCCAAGUUUUGGAAAGUGUCCGGUGACCAAGGACAUGGUGUUACACCUGCUUACUGCUAAUAUGAAUGCAUAUGUGGGAGCAGGUUGAUAAUUAUGUGGAUGUUUCUAAAUGGUUUUGAUAUUGAUGUCAUUUUAAUUUAAAAACAAUAUUGAACUGUGUGUUUCAUUUUAUUCCCCGGACUCUCAAUUUUUGGUGUCUUAUUUGGCAAGCGAAGCAUAGCCUAGUACGUGUCUUCGUUUAAGAGGUGCAAGACUGCAAAUGCAUAUGCUACUUCAUGUCAGUCGACA